GGAAGUCUAACAUCCUGAGGAAAGAGCCCCUAUCCCUCCCUCUGUUCCUCCCCCACCUGUGUGGAGGUGUGCCAGGUGUAUAAAGGAGUCUUUCUCCUGGUGCAAACAGACUCCAACAGAUCCACACACUGAGAUCUUUGUCACAAACUGUCGGAUUUCCUCAGGAAGAUGGAGACGCCUCUCGCACUCUGCAUCGUUCUCAUGUUUGUCUCAGUGUCGGUCACCAGAAGCCAGAACACUACAACGCCUGUGACGAUUACAACCAGCAAUAGCUCAAUAUCUCCCCAAACCACCAACUCCACAUCUCGUCCGAGUGUCACCAGUAGCACCACAGCAGUUACUACUGGAUCCUCCAACAUAACGACUGUGAAAAACAGCAACGCAACAACGAUCAACACCACUUCCCCAAGUAGCAACAGUUCUACAGUUUCUCCAAGCAUCACACCAGGACCAGAUAGAAACAACGGGACGCAGAACACCAGCACCAACACCAACUCACCACUGGUCACAAACCAGACUACAACCGUCCCAGCAAACACAACGGCAAGCAUGAAUGAAACUGUUACCUUGAAUCCAAACUCAACAAGUGCUCCAAACCUGACCGCAACUCCCAACACAAGCCAAACAUCUGAGAAUGUGGCGGCCACCCCAAAUGUGAACUCAACUGACAGUCCAAAGACAAACUCAGCUACGACCCAGAACUCCAACCUCACCUCAAACCCAACAACGAGCUCUAGAACCAGCUCUAGUCCGGCUGCGACCAGUGGAGGGGUUCCUGGAUGGGGUAUUGCUCUGUUGGUUCUGGCUGCUCUGAUUCUGCUGCUGCUCCUCCUGCUGCUGAUUGCGCUGCUGGUGUGGUUCUGCUGCUCGAGGCGCAGAAGCAGCUUCAGUCCCUACUCAAACCUGAUCGAAACAAACAGCAUCCCGAUGUACACCACCCACAGCCGCUUCUAUGCAACCAACGGCAGAGAUCACGAAGACGUGACGAAGCCCGUGAACCAGCAGUCUGGGUCGCACACCAUCACCCAGUGACGACCAUCAGCAAGACAAUCAGCAGAGAGGAAUCACCAGAUUACAACUGUUUUACAGUUUUAUUAUUAUAAUUAGCAUUAUCUCAAGUCUGUAUCAUAUUUUAAGUCCCACUGACUUUAUUUAUUGUCUACAAAGAACUUUAAGAGUUUGUUGAAAAGCUAUAAUACUGAUUCUAUCAGCUUUUUUAUUUGAAAAGUUGAUAUUUCAAUUUAUAUAUCUUGUAAUUUAUAUGUUUUUCCAUCUAUAUCCUCUUGUGUGUCCCAGACCUGGAUUUGAACCUGACUAUAUGGCAACUCUGCUGCCAACUGUGCAUCCCAUUAAUAUAUCACAAGUAUAAAAAUGCUAAUCAUAUGUUAUAAUCAUAGUAUUUUAGAAUAAAUGUAAUUAAUAAAUAUAAUGAAUGAUACAUGAGAAGCUAUAGCUGCAGCUGUAAAACAUGUGAAGGUGGUUUAACUUGAAAAUGAAAGUCCACCUGCUGCCUUGAAAAUGCAGUUUAAGUCGACAAGAAAAUUGUUUUGGUUUCAACUCAGAAGUUAAAGUUCAUGAAAUUGAUUUAACAACAAAAGACAAGUUGUCUAAACAUUGUUUUUUAAGUUCAUUAAUCUUGAAUUGUGAGUUUUAACUAAAAGCUGAAAUUUAAACCAA